AUGGCGUCCCUCUUCUUCUCCACCCCUGUCGAUAUCGACAUCGUCCUCGAUGAUCUCGAUGACCGCCAGACUGUCGAUGUCAAGCUCGACAAGAACCGCCGCGAGCGGGUACCCCUGUUCAUGGACGGUGAGUCCGUCAAGGGCGCCGUGACGAUCAGACCGAAAGACGGCAAGCGAUUGGAGCACACGGGAAUCAAAGUGCAGUUCAUUGGAUCCAUUGAGAUGUUCUACGACCGAGGCAACCACUACGAAUUCCUAUCACUGGUCCAAGAACUGGCAGCCCCCGGCGAAUUGCUACACCCGCAGACUUUCCCCUUCAACUUCAAGAAUGUCGAGAAACAAUACGAAUCCUACAAUGGUAUCAAUGUCAAGCUGCGGUACUUCGUCCAAGUGACCGUCUCACGGCGCAUGGCCGACGUCAUCCGUGAGAAGGACCUCUGGGUAUAUUCCUACCGCAUGCCCCCGGAGACCAACAGCCCCAUCAAGAUGGAUGUCGGAAUCGAAGACUGCCUGCAUAUCGAAUUUGAAUAUUCCAAAUCCAAAUACCAUCUCAAAGACGUGAUUGUCGGUCGGAUCUACUUCCUGCUGGUGCGGCUGAAGAUCAAGCAUAUGGAGUUAUCCAUCAUUCGACGAGAGACAACCGGGUCUCCACCCAAUCAAUAUAAUGAGAGUGAGACGUUGGUGCGCUUCGAGAUCAUGGAUGGAUCACCUUCUCGAGGUGAAACCAUUCCUAUCCGUUUGUUCCUUGGUGGAUUCGAUCUGACGCCCACGUUCCGAGACGUCAACAAGAAGUAUUCGACACGAUACUACCUCAGCCUGGUGCUGAUCGAUGAAGAUGCUCGCCGCUACUUCAAGCAAUCUGAAAUCGCCCUCUAUCGACAAGCCCCCGAGAUUGCCGCGACGCCACAGAUCGCCCAGCAGCAGCAAAUUCAACAGCAGGUCCUGAUGCAGCAACAGCAGCAGGCCCUACCGCCAGGAUCUGCCACCGCUGGUCCAGGACGUGAACAGCCGAGAUUGCAGCCAGUCUCGGCGCCCGUGGCAUAG